AUGGCGUCCGCAAACAUGGCGUCCACAUCCAUUGUCGGCCCAGUCUAUCCCGCGGUAUCGUACAAGCCCAAGUACGAUAAUUGGCCGUAUAAUGACUCCGAUUUCAUACGCUAUGACGAGAACGACGAUAGCUUGUUUUACCAGCAGCCUCGUUUAGUCACGCACAUCGAUGAUCCCGCGAUAGCGCGGCUCACGCAAUACUACGACACGGCUUUACCGAAAAGUGGGAAGAUUAUGGAUAUGUGUACCAGCUGGAAGUCUUUCUACCCAUCUUCAAUCAUUGAAGCCAUACAGAAAAAAGAACUUGAGGUCUUUGGCGUCGGCCUAAACGCGGAGGAGAUGUCACUCAAUAGUGUAUUUCAGGACCCAGAUCAUUGGAGGGUUAUGGAUCUGAACAAGCCCCUAAAUGAUGUUCGAAGUGGAUGGCAAGGCCAGGGUCUCGAAUUUGACGCGGUGACGUGCGUAGUCAGCAUCGACUACCUGAAUAAACCUUUGCAAAUAUGCAAGAACUUACUGGAUGCGACGAAGGAAGGUGGAAGGGUGCAUUUAGUCAUCAGCAAUCGCUGCUUCCCUAACAAGGUCGUAAGGAGGUGGUUGACACUUAACGAGUGGUGCCGGCUGGAGUUUGUUGGGGAUUACCUCCACUUUUCAGGUUGGAAAGAUGUCGAGAUCGUCGACGUGUGUGCACAAAACAGUAGGAAUGGCAUGCGCAUCACAGAUGAUCAAGGUACGGUCACAGUACGCUCGGCUUCAUCUACGAGCCACCUCGACCCUCUCUGGGUAGUGCGAGCAACGAAACGUGGAUGA